AUGGGUAUUAAGCAAAAUUCCUUAAAAAAUGUAACAUAUUUUAAGAUAAUCUAUCUAUCUAUCUAUUUAUUUAUUUAUUUAUUUAUCUAUCUAUCUAUCUAUCUAUCUAUCUAUCUAUCUCAGUCUAUUAUUAUUUUCUUUCUUUCUUUCACUUACUAUCUAUCUAUCUAUCCCAGUCUGUUCAUAUCUAUCUAUCUAUCUAUCUAUCUAUCUAUCUAUCUAUCUAUCUAUCUAUCUAUCUCAGUCUAUUAUUAUUUUCUUUCUUUCUUUCUUUCUUUCUUUCUUUCUUUCUUUCUUUCUUUCUUUCACUUACUAUCUUGGUCUGUUACUAUCUAUCUAUCUAUCUAUCUAUCUAUCUAUCUAUCUAUCUAUCUAUGGGAACAGUUUAUCACAGUCUUUCCCCCGCUCAACCUCCUGACACUCCACCGCCAUUUUACUUUCUUUCAACUCUUUACUUUCCUCUUUUCUUCUUUUAUAAUCUUUUCUUUACAUCAUUAUCCCAUCAUCGUCUCGUCAUUUUCUCUCCCUUGCUUCAACCGCUCUCCUAAUAAUUUACUCUCCUUGAUCUCCUUCUUUUAUUUCAAUACCUCCUUCCUCUCCACUGCGCAAAUUUUUACUGCUGUUUUAUUUUCAUCAGUCAGUAAUAUUCUUUUUUUUUUUAUCACCAUCAUUUCCUUCAUUCUCUUUCUUCUGUUUCUCUUCAUUUCUAUCUCAUCUUUCUUUUUAGUUCUCUCUUUUUUCUUUAAGUUACUUUUUAUCUGUUUUUUUUUUCUAUUUGUUCUUCAUUUCAAAUCACUUUUCGUUUUGUUCGCGUCUCCCUCUUCAGCAAAUCUAUUGCUUAUUUUCUCUUUACUCAUUCUUUCGCCACGGCUUUCAUUACCAACACCACCGUCAUCACCAUCAUUUUUUCUUUCCAUCGAUCUACAUUUUUUCUUUUCAUUCGAGAAGAAAACGGACAAUAUUAAUAUUACUAUAUUCAUUCGUAUUUUGUUUUCGCUAUAUUCUUCUUCCGGUUUAACUUUUAUUCUUUUCCUCCAUUUUAUUUGUAUUUUUCCGCCUUUUUUCUUUUUCUGUUUCUUCCUACUUUUCUUAACAUGUCUUCCUUCCUCUUUAUAUCUAUCUACACUUUUUUCUCUUUUUCUUCCUUAUAUUUCUCUAAUUCCUUCUGUAGCCUUUCAUAUUACCUUUCUCCUUUUUCGUCGUUCAGUUGUUCUCUCUCUCUCUCUCUCUCUUUCCCUCCCUCUCGAUCUUUCUUGCUAUCAAAACGUCCUCCUGCCUUUUCAUUUGAUGAGCUCUCUUCCCUCACUAUUUAUCCGAGUCCUUCAUUUUCACCGUAUCUUUCCCGCCAUUGCCACCUACGCCAUCUUGGGAGGACUAGCAGCCGAGGAGAUGUCGACAGAUAAACCGGAUUCAAUUUGUCGCCCUCUGCUAAUCAGCGCCAGAAUAUUUUUAUCGCUCCUGACUUGA